AUGAUCCCAGUGGUCUAAGCUGAUUUGGUUCCUCACCAAUCGGAGUGUAGAUACACGCCUGUAUUACAAUUAUGGUAAAAUUGCAAUUCAUCAAGCCUAAAAGUAUGCUGAUAUAGCCAAUGGUAAUAUUGUUUUAAUUUAUGCUAGGUCUGCAAGUUGAUUGAAGAUUCAGAGAAGACCAAGAACACCAAAGUAAGCAUGUCUCAGGAUGCUAUCACAGAAUGGCUGUUACAGAAUAAAGUGCUCUCAAUUGCAUUUGAAAGCAAUCUUCAUCAGUCGCAGUAUUGUGAUCGCAUCAAAGUCCUUGUAGAGUUUCUUGGUACAAAGCUUUCAUUGGACGAAUUGACCACCAUAUGGAAAAUGCAGGUUGGAAAACACCCAACAGAAGUGGACAACAUUCACAAUAUCCUGGCUACAGCAGCAGUGCGAUUCAACUCCAACCAGCUUGAUCAUCUGUUUGUACUCAUACAGCAGAGCUGGGGAUCAGAGAGUGACCGCAUGAAGGAGAAGCUGCUUGUACUAAUAGGAAGAAUUGGGAAAGAAGCUCGAGUAGGAAAAAUCACAACUAAGGUGCUUGAUCUUCUGUGGAGUUUGUCUCACUUGCCAUCACUGACAACUGAGAUGGUAGAUCAAGCCCUCAGAUCUCACAAUGACAUCCUGAGUGACUCGUAUGCUGUUAAGGAGCAGAUCAAGAAGAACUAUGCUGUUAAAUGCAUGGAGGACAUCAGGAAAGGCAUUUUGAUUGUGCCAGCUAUCCGCCAACUUCUACUGAUCACAAAAGGAAUGGUGAAACAACAAUUCAACAAGCAUGACAAGGGUAUCCUGCCAGAGCUGCAUAAAAAUCAUGACAUCAUUAAGCUGACUGUCAGCAGCCUUGUGAACUGUCACCAGCAGGCUGUCGCAGCUGCUGCCCCCAGUGGACUGGAUGAGGAUACCCUUGUAGAUGGACGGUACACGCACAAGAAGUUUGUUAACACCCACCUUCGAUUCCUGGCUUUUGUCUUGCAAGAGGGCGUCCUUUAUCUUCCCUGGCACCGGGCUAGAGAUAUCUGGGAUUGUCUGGUAGCUAAUCCUGAUGCUUGUGAAUUUGAUCGUGAGACGUGCUUUGAUUGGUUCUACAAAGGACAGUGUGACCUAGAGGCAGACACGCAAUCUCAAAUGUUCACGGGGAAAGUUCUUAAGCUGGAUCCCAGUAGGCUGACCAUGAGAGGCUUUGCUUGCUUCAGAGCAUUUCUGGAGAAUGUUAACCAGAAUGACCAUCGUUUGAAAAAGACAGGGAACACCUACACAGUUGAGAAGAUGGACCUUGUAGGUCUUGAUUACCUGUGGAGAGUAGUGCUUGAAAUACCAUCGGAGGAAAUAGCCAUGUUGGCUGUCAAACAACUCAUGGAACUUAGUUACACCUGGCUGUCUUCAAAGUUGAAGAAGGACCCUGUUAACAGUCACAAGAAAUUUAUUUUGGAGUGUUACAAACGUCUUGAAACAAUGAUGUCUGGCCUUGGACACACAUCGCUGACCCAUGCAGCUUGCAUUGCAACCACUGCAGCUACAGCUCCAAUAACACCAGAUGUGCCUCUCUCUCCUGUGCCAAGGUAUAGCAUUUUAGUAACUAAGGAAAAUAAGUUUCAGACAACAAGAGGCUUAUGCUUUGCUUGCUUCAGAGCAUUUCUGGAGAAUGUUAACCAGAAUGACCAUCGUUUGAAAAAGACAGGGAACACCUACACAGUUGAGAAGAUGGACCUUGUAGGUCUUGAUUACCUGUGGAGAGUAGUGCUUGAAAUACCAUCGGAGGAAAUAGCCAUGUUGGCUGUCAAACAACUCAUGGAACUUAGUUACACCUGGCUGUCUUCAAAGUUGAAGAAGGACCCUGUUAACAGUCACAAGAAAUUUAUUUUGGAGUGUUACAAACGUCUUGAAACAAUGAUGUCUGGCCUUGGACACACAUCGCUGACCCAUGCAGCUUGCAUUGCAACCACUGCAGCUACAGCUCCAAUAACACCAGAUGUGCCUCUCUCUCCUGUGCCAAGGUAUAGCAUUUUACGUCAUUCCAAUGAAAGUCUGAAGUCUCUUCGUCAUAGGAUAGCAAACCGACUGAACACCAAUCCGGAACAGAUCCAGAUAUCAACUAGUGAAAAACUGCUUUUGCCAUGCAAGGAUCAGAAGCUUCUCUACCAGUUAGACUUUGAAGAUGAGCAACUGCUGUUUGCUAAAGUGUCUGUCUCUGGAGUCACUACUGUGCCUACUAAGGAAGAGGCAGAGAUUCAAGAGUCCAUGAGAAUUGAUGAGUCCAGUGCAAGUGGAUCAAAUCGUCAAACCUAUGCCCUGGAACAGGAACGAAUGAUGCCUGGUGUUAUCAUGGCAACUGAAUGUAAAGCUUUUGACAAGUUGUAUCAAUUGGCAGAGCUUGAAGAACCUAGGUUGGUGUAA